AUGAAGAUUUCUAUUGCUGCUGCUAUUGGUCUCUUAGCCCUUGCUGUCUCCUCGGAGGCCGUCAAGGUUAACCCUUUGCCCAAGCCUGUCCACAUUAAGUGGGGUACCUCUGGGCCUAUCAGGGUCGCAAACAACUUCCGCAUCACAGGAACCAGACAUGAAAUUUUGAACAAGGCUUAUGCUCGCACUGCUUCGCUCAUUAAGGAAGAGCGCUGGAUCCCUCAGUCGUGGGAACAGCCCAUCCCUGAGUUCCCUCCUUUCCCUACGCUCGAGAAGCGCGGUGAUGAGAAUGAAGAAGUUGAGGCCUUCAAGAAUGGAGGCAGCAGGAGAGCCCUCAGCACUAUCAAUGUCCACGUCUCGGACACAAAAGCCGACCUUCAACACGGCGUUGAUGAGUCUUACACUUUGGAUAUUACUGCUUCCGGUAAGGGUCAGAUCACUGCUAAGACCAUCUGGGGCGCCCUCCACGGUCUCAGCACUCUUGAACAGAUUGUCAUUGAUGAUGGUAAGCACGGUCUCGUGAUCGAGCAGCCUGUCCACAUCGAGGAUGCCCCCAAGUACACCCAUCGUGGAGUGAUGUACGACACUGCCCGUAACUUUAACUCUAUUCGCUCCCUUCGUAAGCAGAUCGAUGCUCUUGCCUGGGCCAAGCUCAAUGUUUUCCACUGGCACAUCACCGACACUCAGUCAUGGCCUCUUGAAAUCAAGAAACACCCUCAAAUGACCAAGGAUGCUUACUCACCCCGUGAGAUCUACACCCAGAAGGAGAUCAAGAAGUUGGUUGAGUACGGUCGCGAGCGUGGUGUCCGUAUCAUCCCUGAGAUUGACUUGCCUGGUCACUCAUCUUCUGGCUGGCUCCAGGUUGAUAAGAAGGCUGUUACUUGCGCUGAUUCAUGGUGGGACAACGAUGGCUGGACUCACCACUCUGCUGUGCAGCCCAACCCUGGUCAACUCGACAUUUCAUAUGAGGGUACCUACAAGCUCAUUAAGGAUGUUUACGAUGAGACUGCCAAACUCUUCACUGAUAACGUCUUCCACGUUGGUUCCGAUGAACUCAACACCUACUGCUACAACUACUCGUCCUCUGCCAUGGAUUGGUUCAAGCAGCGCCCUGGUGCCACCUACUCUGAUUUUGCUCAGUACUACCUUGAGAAGGCCCUUCCCAUCUACAACGACAAACCCAGCCGCCGCUUGAUGAUGUGGGAGGAUAUCAUUCUCUCGCAUGAGAUGCCUGCCAAGGAUGUUCCCAAGUCCAUCAUCAUGCAGUCCUGGAACAAGGGUGUUGAGAACAUCAAGACACUUACCAGCAAGGGUUACGAUGUCGUUGUCAGCUCAGCUGACUUCUUGUAUCUCGACUGCGGUAACGGCGGUUAUGUUACCAACGAUCCCCGCUACAACGUUAACGAGCCCCCAGCUCUCCCUAAGGCCAUUGCAGAUGCCUUUGAAGCCAACCCCAGCGCAUACACCCCCACCACUGUCAACUACGGUGGCGCCGGUGCGUCGUGGUGUGCCCCCUACAAGACCUGGCAGCGCAUUUACUCCUAUGACUUCACCAAGGGCUUGACUGAGGAGGAAGCCAAGCACGUCAUUGGUGCUGAGGCUGCCCUAUGGUCCGAACAGUCAGAUGAUGCAGUCGUCGAUGCCAAGGUAUGGCCCCGUGCUGGCGCUCUUGCUGAGUUGCUCUGGUCCGGUAACCGCGAUGAGGAAGGCUGGAAGCGCACCACCGAGCUCUCUACCCGUAUUUUUGACUUCCGUGAGCGCUUGCUUUCCCGUGGCCUUGCUCCCGCCCCUGUUGUCCCUAAGUACUGCAUCCAACACCCUCAUCACUGCGAUCUCUUCCGCAACCAGACUGCCUUUGGCAAGUAA